CUCUUCUGUCUCACUUUAGCCAAAGAUGGUGUGCAAACGCACAGACUGCGUUUCAAAGCCUUUGUCACACUUUUUUGAGAAACUUGGAUCACUUGUUGGGUCCUAUCCCAUCUACUUUUUUGUGAUUCCACUGGUAUUCUCGGCAGCCCUCGGUGGAGGUUUUACUUUUCUCAGAGACCGGGAAGACAAUGAUCUUGAACGGCAGUUCACACCCAAGAAAGGACCCUCUAAGUUAACGAGAGCUUUUGUGAGAGAACAUUUUCCCUACAACCACUCAAUGUUUUCCAAAGAAAGGCUGUAUGACAAGGGUGACUUUGCGUCACUCAUCGCUGUUUCAACUAAUGGCUCCAGUGUUCUAGAAAAUCCCGCUAUCGAGGACAUCAUUGGACUCAACGACAAGAUACUGAACAUCACUGUGGACAAUGGGACUGGGAGACUUGGAUUCAAAGAGUUGUGUGCCAAAGCCAAUGGGGAAUGUGUGGCAAAUGUUAUUUUGGACAUUCUUCAGUCCAAUGAGACCGACUACACCGGCAUCACUUUUCCUGUCCACAGUCAUGGAUUCAGUUCGGUCUUCCUGGGUUCCGUCAUUGGUGGUGUCACCACAAACAGCAAUGAGUCAGUGUUAAGUGCUCAAGCUGUGACACUCUUCUACUUCUUGAACAUAGAAGAAAGCAUGGCAGAAGCCAGAAAAUUAUGGCUAAGAGGGUUCAAGCAGGUCUUAUCAGCCGAGACGGAACACAAACACAUUGAGGUAUGGACUGAUUCACCGCUUGCCAUUUACAAAAAGACAAGACUGUCAAGCAGUGUAACACACCUACACACCUUACAUGUUUGACAACAAGUCCCAUUAAUUCUUUGUGAUUUGGUGGUAAUGUGUGACUUUGACAUGUCCAAAAUUGAACCAUUAGAUCUUUGACAAAGAAAC